AUGGGCAAGGUCAACAUCUUCCUCAUCCGCCACGGCGAAUCAGUAGACAAUGUGGCCGGCCUCUAUGCAGGAAGUCGCGACUCCCCAUUGACCGCUCACGGCGUUCUCCAAGCCCGUCGUCUUGCCUCUCACAUGGCGACGGGGGCACCUCCAGCGACGCACAUCUUCACCUCCAACCUGAAGCGUGCCGUCCACACCGCUGCAACGGUCCGAGAAGCGCAGCCUCCGCCGCUGGCCGGAAUGCCGGCGGUCGAUGUCGUCCAGCUAUUGGACCUGCGCGAGAAAGACUUUGGCGCCGACGAAGGCAAGAAGUACGGCCAGCGCGACCAUGUUCGUGCGACAGAUGCUGAGACCCACGAUGCCAUGCAUACACGUGCAAGUCGCUUCGUCGACAGCCAGCUCGCACCGAUCGUUGCCGCGUUGGCUGACAAGCCUGCAUGCGUCAUGAUCGUCGCCCACGGGCUGAUCCUGGCAUCGCUGCUUCGCGUUCUGCGCAGCAAUGCCUGGUUUGCUUCUUCUUCCGAACCAGGCGACUCUCAUGCCUCUUGGAGCAAUACGGGCUACACCCAGCUCGUCGUGGAGCCCUCCCACCCACCAUCGAGCCAGCCUCGACAGGACGCAGGCGAACCACCCUGUCGGCCCAGCAAUCAUGGUCCACGCUGGCCCGACCUGCGCCUGAGCAUCGUGGUCUUCAACAAUACGACUCAUCUCGCCGGUCUGAAAAAGACCCGCGGCGGUAUAGGCAGCGCAGAGUUCGAUCAGAGGCAGAAAACCCUCACUUCUUUCUUUGCUGCGGCCCCUCCGCCGAAGAAGCGGAAGGCCGAAGAUCAGCUUGAAAAAUAG